GAGCGCAGGAAAAGAAACAGAGUGGAAGCAAAGCUAGAAAGAGUGAAAACUCCAUUGAUGAGCUCUCUCUCUCUCUCUCUCUCUCUCUCUCAUGAACAAGAUCCUCACACUUAGGAGGACCCAAACAAGCCUCGCUCUUUGGGAGAAUUGAUUCGACCCAAAGAAAUGGUGAAUUCGACCCUUUGCUGUGCACUGCCCAAUCCCACCUCCUGCAAAUCACAUCUUCCGCCUCUCCUCCGAUGGAGAAGGAACCCCAGCUCGCUGCUUCUCAGACGCUCUCUGGUCAUGGAGACGACGGAGGGCCAGGUCGUUUCGGCGGAGGAAGACGAAGCACCGAGCUCGUCGGAGUCGGUCGCCCCUCGCCGCCUCAUUCUUCUUCGCCACGCCAAGAGCUCCUGGUCUGACCGUUCCCUUAGAGAUCAUGAUCGCCCUCUGAGUAAGACCGGUCGAGAUGAUGCUGUCAAAAUAGCACACAAGCUUCACCUGUUGGGUUGGAUCCCUGAACUUAUUUUGUUAAGUGAUGCAGUGCGCACACGUGAGACACUGCGGAUAAUGCAGGAACAAGUUGAAAGCUUUUUGGAAGCUGAGGUCCAUUUCCUUUCAAGUUUCUAUUCGAUUGCAGCAAUGGAUGGUCAGACAGCAGAGCACCUGCAAAAGGCUAUCUGUAAAUAUUCUAGGGACAAGAUACUGACUGUAAUGUGUAUGGGGCAUAAUAGGGGAUGGGAGGAGGCGGCUUCCAUGUUUGCUGGUGCAUCCAUUGAACUUAAAACAUGCAAUGCUGCUUUGCUCGAAACCACUGGACGAUCUUGGGAAGAGGCAUUUACUGUGGCUGGACUUGGUGGGUGGAAGCUUCAGGGCAUAGUCAAACCUACUGCAUAGUUGAACCAUCCUUCAUCACUGGCAUACUGCAAACUCUGGAGGUAGAAUUUUAAGAUGCUGAUGAAGCAAUAUCUUGUCCGGACGUGAUCCGAAAUUCCUCGCGUUCUCAUGGGCUCUUCAGCCUUCCGUACAGCUAGACAAAUGGGUAGCUGGUCUCCUACUUGUUGCUCCAAACACUUGGACCAUACACUGAUAUGACUGAGAGAUUGUUGCUUCAGUCUGGAGGAAGCCUGAUAAGUGAAGUUUCUAGGCGUCUUUUCUGUCACCGAGGCCUGAGUAGCUUACCAGAGAAUAUUACAUCAUCUUAAAUAGAAAUAUAUCAUCUUCUGCUCCAUAGAGAAGAACAAUUGUAAGCAAUUUUGCUUCCCAAUGUGUCAUGAUAUUGCUAAAAGUGGUUUAAGUAAUUCUUUUGUUGAAUUUGAGAAGGAGGUUUAGUUGAGUUUACUUGACUUUUUGUUG